AUGCUGGGCGAAGGGCCCUUUCUGGAAGGGCUGAAGCUUUUUUCGAAGAGACACGAAGGAGGUGUAGUGACACUCCAGGACUUCAAACAGGCCCUCGAAGACGCCACGGCCACAGACCUCACCCACUUCGCCCGCUGGUUCACCCAGGCAAGCAGCAGCAGCAGCAGCAGCAGCAGCAGCAGCAGCAGCAGCAGCAGCAGCAGGAGCAGGAGCAGGAGCAGGAGUUGUAGGAGUAGUAGCAGCAGCAGCAAUAGUGGUAAAGUAGGGGGAAUCCCGGAAGUGCGCGUGGAGAAGGCGGCCUACGACGCAGCUUCGAAGGUCUUUUCCUUCACUCUGAGCCAAACCCUUCCGCAGCAGCAAACUCCAACUUUGCCUUUUUUGAUUCCUCUCCAGAUUGGCCUUCUCGGCGAACUCUCCAAAAAGGACAUUUUAAACCCCCCCACACAAGUCCGCAGCCGUAGCUAG